UGCCGACUUGGCUAAAACGAAACCGAGUCAACAAGCAAGCAAGCGAUCGAACCGGACGGACGAAGCAGUGUGCUCACCAGCAGUCGAUGAGUCGUGCGUGAAUCGAAACAAGCUCCAUUACUCCGCGGCUGGCCGUGUCGGUAGACCAGUCACUACAGAAUAAAUGUAUCGAUCGAGAGGAGGAGAAGGAGGACGAGGGAGAGGAAGAGGAAGAGGAAGAGGAAGAGGAAGAGGAAGAGGAAGAGGAAGAGGAAGAGGAAGAGGAAGAGGAAGAGGAAGAGGAAGAGGAAGAGGAAGAGGAAGAGGAAGAGGAAGAGGAAGAGGAAGAGGAAGAGGAAGAGGAAGAGGAAGAGGAAGAGGAAGAGGGAGAGGAAGAGGAAGAGGAAGAAGAGGCAGGUGGACGACAAAGGCAGCAGCAGACACGACGGAUCUGACAAACAUGGACACAAGUGACGGAGAGCUCUACCGUCAGAUCCGCCUGUCCCAGCAAGAAGGGAGGUCCGAUGUUGAGCCAGAAUGUCGAUCUCAACUCAGCCCACAUAAGAGGCGGUGUCUACAACAGCUACUAGAGCACGGGCGAUUGCGAGAGGCUUUCGACGACCUUCUUGACAUUCCGGUCUCUGGCACGAUAUGAAGCUGAGCAUCAUCAACAAGGUGAUCAGCAUGAAAUGUGACGAGGUAGGCGCCGGGCAAAUUCUCUGUAGCGAGUUGGCGGGUGAACU